UUUCCCAAAAAGAGGACAUGGGUUGCUCACAAAUCCUGAUCCUUGUGUCUAUUUUGUCAUGCUUUACUUUCAUGUGGUGCUUAGUGUUGGCAGGUGAUUUCAGAAAAGAUGUUGACAUUAUAUGGGGAGGCGACAAAGCAAAGAUACUACAAAACGGACAAGCCAUUACAUUAUCUCUUGACAAAACCUCUGGUUCUGGUUUUCAAUCCAAAGAUCAGUUUUUGUUUGGUAAGAUCUCUACGGACCUCAAGCUCGUCCCUGGAAACUCUGCUGGUACUGUCACAUCUUACUAUGUAGCGUCUCAAGGAGCGAUGUGGGAUGAGAUAGAUUUCGAGUUCUUGGGGAAUCUGAGUGGUGAUCCAUACACUGUCCACACAAAUGUGAUCAUGCAAGGAAAAGGUGAUAGAGAACAACAGUUUCGUCUCUGGUUCGAUCCCACGACUGAUUUCCACACUUACUCCAUCCUCUGGAACCCUAAAACCAUAAUAUUCUAUGUGGAUGGUACACCGAUAAGACAAUUCAAGAACAUGAAGACAAUGAAUGUACCUUACCCUGAGAGACAAGCAAUGAGAGUCCACUCAAGCUUAUGGGAUGGAGAUGAUUGGGCUACAAGAGGAGGACUCGUGAAGACUGACUGGUCCAAAGCGCCUUUCACUGCUUGCUACAAGAAUUAUGAGGUCCAAGACUGUGUUGGCUCUAAUGUAACUUGCGGUGGUGAUGGCUCGAGCUCGUGGCUCAAAGAAGGGAUUGAUGACAGUGGCAUGAAAAGGCUUAAGUGGGUACAAAGGAACUUCAUGAUCUAUGAUUACUGCAAUGACCCUAAGAGGUUUCGUCUAGGGUUGGCUAGUGAAUGUGUUGCUAAUGAUAUGAUUUAAAACAUUAUAAAAAGAGUUAUAACUUCACCUAUUCAAGUUAUACAUACAAAAUAAAAAAACA